AUGCUCAAAACGAUAUUUCUUCUGUGGCCUCUGCAGGUUGACCUGCAUUUAGGGCUCCCCAGGUCGUCUUCCUGCCGAGAAGAUAUCUUGCUUCCGAGGCACAUUGACAAGAUGGCUUCUACAUUCUCCCUGAUCCAGAACUCCUGCUUCUGUUCCCUGGAGCUGACGAAAACAUUCCCGAAGAGACUCCCUCCUCGAAAGUAAUCUGGCCUUGAUCCUCCCUGCUUAAGGUUUCUCUAGUCAGUCCUGCCGAUCUUUCAUGGCGACAACUCUCCUGCAACAGAGAAGACGAUCUCCGGGCAGGGAGGCCCCGGCUAGCCAUGUACAGCAGGAGGAGCAUCAUCCUCCGUGGAGGAGUCUCUCUGAUAGCCAUCUUCGCCGGUGGAAGCAGCUUGACGCCAUUGCCGGUGAAGGCCGAGGGAGAGAAUUCAAAGGUUGAAGACGACGAGGGUGCCAACAAUGCAGAUGCAAGCGUAGUUGACGCCAUUAAAUCCUUGUUUGAUCCCAAUGAGAGGUCGAAAUCUGGGAAGGUGCUGCCGAAAGCCUACCUGAAGUCAGCCAGGGAGGUUGUGAAGACCCUCAGGGAGUCGUUGGGGGAGGACGGCAAGGAUGUUGCGAAGUUUAGGAGGAGCGCUGACGCUGCAAAGGAGUCGAUCAGGGAGUAUCUGAGCACCUGGAGGGGACAACAGGCAGUGGCAGCUGAGGUCUCCGGCUCCUCGUCUGAUUGCUUUCUUCUCAUGAGCUUGUCUGAUUAGCCUCUAGAUUUCAUCCAUUGGUUUUUUUUUCUUGGCGAAGAAAUUCUCGGAUUUGUCUUUAGAUUUCAUCUAUUUGGUUUCUUUUUUUUUAUGAAGAAAAUCCCUGGUAAUUCAUCUUUUUUUUUUUCUAUUUUCGUCAAGAACUUCUCUGAUUAGUUCAUUUAUUUUGUGAUUAUUCUGUGAUGCCUAACUAUAGUAAUCAUCUGUACAGCCGAUUCUCCAUUCACUGAUAAUUUCUCCGGGUUUGCAGGAAUCAUAUAUGGCACUUGAGAAGGCUAUCAGAUCACUGGCUGGUUUCUAUUCGAAGGCAGGGCCGUUUGCAUCAUUGCCAGAUGAUAUCAAAGCCAGCAUCUUAGAAGACCUGAACGCUGCGGAGGUCUCUCUGUAG